CGGUCAGAGAGAGAGAAGCAAACGACGUAAUGACGUACUUCCAGUUGGGGCAACGUGUUUUGUUGGUUUAGGCUACAUUUCUCGUUUCAGGCUGAUAAGCUUUGGACUAAAGCUUCUAACAUGGCGAGGAACGCAGAGAAAGCCAUGACGGCUCUGGCCCGCUUCAGGCAGGCUCAGCUGGAGGAAGGAAAAGUCAAGGAGAGGAGACCUUUUCUGGCCUCGGAGUGUAGUGAGCUUCCUAAAGCUGAAAAAUGGAGACGACAGAUCAUCAGUGAGAUCUCAAAAAAAGUCGCUCAGAUCCAGAAUGCCGGCCUUGGAGAGUUCAAGAUUCGGGAUCUCAAUGAUGAAAUCAAUAAGCUGCUCAGAGAAAAGGGUCAUUGGGAAUAUCGGAUCAAAGAGCUUGGAGGACCUGACUACAGGCGCUUCGGUCCGAGGAUGUUGGACCACGAAGGGAAGGAGGUUCCAGGAAACCGGGGCUAUAAGUACUUCGGAGCAGCCCGGGACCUGCCUGGUGUCAGAGAGCUUUUCGAGAAGGAGCCUACCCCGGCACAGAGGAAGACGAGGGGAGAGCUGAUGAAGGACGUAGAUGCAGAGUACUAUGGCUACAGGGAUGAAGAUGAUGGAGUUCUGCUUCCUCUGGAGGCACAAUACGAGAAACAAGCCGUGUCUGAAGCAGUGAAUAAGUGGAAAACGGAGAAUGAGUCUUGUUUGUCUGGGGAGAAGCAGGAGGAGGAAGAGGAGGAGAGCAUCUACACCGUCCACAACGAGGAGCUUGAUGAGGAGAGUCGGGAGGAGCAGGAGGAAGAGGAUGGAGGAGUUGCCUUCUUUGCACAUGUUCCUGUUCCAUCUCAGAAAGAGGUGGAGGAAGCUCUGGUCCGGAGGAAGAAGAUGGAGCUGUUGCAGCGUUACGCCAGUGAGACUCUUCAGGCUCAGAGUCAAGAAGCCAGAACUCUGAUGGGACUCUGACCCUUGUCUGUCUGCAUGUUUUUUGUAAAUAUUGAUAAUUUUGUAAUUUUUCAAUAAAUCCUUGUUCAACUCAA